CGCCUCUUCCCUCCUCCCCUCCCCCAUCGUUGUUUAGGUUCCCAGUGAUAUAGGAGAAGCGUUGAAGCCUCCCGGUUGCAGCGGAAGAGCCUUCCUUCGGCCCCUCUCCUUUUGUUUCUAGGGUUGAAGAAGGCUCUCCUCUUCUCUUUUCUUUCGCUGAAUUCCCCAGUAUGAUUCGUCUCUGGAUUGAUGCCUUGCAUUUCACCGAGUUAUUUCUUAGCUCUUUUGUUCAUUUGGUGUAUGGGUUUUACAUUUUUAGCUCAGCCGUCGCUGGGGAUCUUUCUCAAGCCUUCCACCGACGCUUUCUCUUUCCUUCCCCCAAAGUUGAGAACAAACAGGAUUUUGCCACCACAACCAUACCCAAUCUCCACACCCUCCCCCCGAUUGUAUUAGUCCAUGGAAUUUUUGGUUUCGGCCAAGGAAGAUUGGGAGGUUUGUCCUACUUUGCGGGUGCGGAGAAGAAGGACGAUAGGGUGCUUGUGCCUGAUCUAGGAUCCUUAACCAGCGUUCAUGAUAGGGCUCGGGAAUUGUUCUAUUAUCUGAAAGGCGGACGAGUCGAUUAUGGGGAAGAACAUAGCAAGGCCUAUGGCCAUUCCCAGUUUGGGCGGGUUUAUGAACUAGGACACUAUCCUGAAUGGGAUGAAGAUCAUCCUAUUCACUUUGUGGGGCAUUCUGCCGGAGCUCAGGUCGUCCGACUACUCCAGCAAAUGCUCGCUGAUAAGGCAUUCAAGGGGCAUGAGAACACCACGGAAAACUGGGUAAUAAGCAUCACGUCCUUGUCAGGAGUUUUCAAUGGGACUACCAGGACUUACUUGGAUGGGAUGCAGCCAGAAGAUGGGAGAUCAAUGAAGCCUAUAUCCCUGCUACAGCUGUGCCGCCUGGGCGUCAUAAUAUAUGAUUGGAUUGAUAUACCCUGGUUGAAAGCAUAUUAUAACUUUGGGUUUGAUCACUUCAACAUGUCACGGAAGAAAAUGGGUAUUUGGGGUCUUCUUGAUUGUCUCAAGGGAAAUUCUGGGCCAUUUGCCUCUGGAGAUUGGAUCCUCCCUGAUCUUACCAUACAGGGCUCCAUCCGUCUAAACAGCGACUUACAGACCUUUCCUGAUACAUACUAUUUUAACUAUGUAACCAAGUGCACUAGGAAGAUUUUGGGGGUCACAGUUCCAUCAAGCAUAUUCAGAAUCCAUCCGUUGUUCUUUAUAAGAGUUCUGCAGAUGAGUCAAUGGCGCCAUCCUUCAGAUGUCGCUCCCCCUUACAAAGGCUACAGAGAUGAAGAUUGGCAGGACAAUGAUGGUGCACUCAACACCAUUUCCAUGACUCACCCACGCUUUCCAGUUGAGCAUCCAAAUCGUCAUGUAGUAGAUGAGUCAGAUUGUAAACCCCUCGAACCUGGUAUCUGGUACUACAAGGUAAUUGAAGGUGAUCACAUAAUGUUCAUAGUGAAUCGGGAGAGAGCAGGAGUUCAAUUUGAUCUCAUAUACGAUGCCAUUUUUGAACGUUGUAGAAAACAUGUGUUCAGGAAGAACCCCCCAACCUUGCCAAACCAACCUCACCCAUAGGGCGCUGUUAUUGUUGCUUAAAAUAGCACUACUACUAGGGAAUUGGAACAAAAGUUAUUGCAUCUACUAUGCCAUACAACCUUUUGUUACACCAUUCUUUUCCACCUUUCAUGUAAAUAAAAAAGUCUCUUCUGUUCCA